UCAGGAAAAAAAAUCUGCUUGCGACGACUACUAUCAUCUAGAAAAACAAAAUUGAUAUUUUUCUCUCCUACUGUACUUACUCCUACUGACCAGCAAGGAAAAUAAACAAAAGAAAUCCAGAGUAGUAUAACGGAAUUGAGAUUUGAAUGAAAACAAUGUUAGCAGGAUGUGCAGGCCACGCCAGGCCCAGAUUGCCAGAUAUCCUCGUAGCAGUAGCAGGCUAGCAGCCCAUUAUCCUCGCCACCUGAUACCGGGCCAAACGGCUGCCCCACACAUCAGACUCCUUCUCCCGGAAAAACAAAAGGCCAUGCCAAAGCCGAGACUAGCCGAGAUGGUGGCAGGCUUGUAGCCAGGCAGGCCACAUUCCAAACGGCUCCUCCCCACUGCUAAACACCGACCAAUGGAGCUACCGGCCGGCAGGCGCAGGGCAAUUUAACAAGUACACUUCCAUCUCGGUUCUCACCGCCGAUGGAUCGAGACCCGGAUCACCAUUAAUUCCGGCGUCCAGAGAUCGCACCUCGGCACAUGCCUUCGCAAUGAACCGAUCGAUCAAUUCCCAUAUAUUCCCCAAUGACCCGACGCACUAUAAAAAGGUUCAAAAACAGAUCGAAUGCCACGCCCACGAAUCAAUCGAGAAAUUUAAUCAAGAUGGCACGAGCACGGCUCCUCCUCGUCCUGGCCGUCUCGCUGCUGCUCGUGCUGGGUCUGGCACGGCCGGCGUCCUGCGAGCCUCAUCUCCCGGUGGUCGUGCCGGUGACCAAGGACACUCAGACCUCCCUCUACACGAUCCCCUUCCACGACGGCGCCACCCUCGUCCUCGACACGGCCGGCCCGCUCGUCUGGACCACCUGCCAGCCCGACCACAUCCCGGCGGCGCUCGCCUGCACCAGCCCCACCUGCAAGCUCGCCAACGCCUUCCCCUUCCCCGGCUGCCGCGCCUCCUCCUCCGGCAGCAGCUGUCCAGCAAACAGCCAUGACAAGUGCACGGUGUACCCGUGCAACCCGGUGACCGUCGCCUGCGCCCCCGGCGACCUGAGCCACACGCGGUUCGUCGCCAACACCACCGACGGCCGGAACCCCGUGCGCCAGGUCUCCGUCAAAGCGCUCGCCGCCUGCAUUUCGCCGAGGGAUGACAAGAUGCUCCUGGAGAAGCUGCCCGUGGGCUCAGCCGGCAUGGCGGGGCUCGCCGGCACCGGCCUCGCGCUCCCGGCCCAGGUGGCGGCCUCGCAGGGACUGCCCGCCGACAAGGCCAAGUUCCUCCUCUGCCUCCCCCGUGGCAGCGCCGGCGGCCCAGGCGUGGCCAUCCUGGGCUCCGGCGGGCCGCUGUACCUCCUCGCGGGCCAGCCCGAGGACUACACGCGGUCGCUGCAGUACACCCCGCUCGUGGUCACCAGGAAGGACCACCCGUCCUACUACGUCUCCGUCAAGUCCAUCGCCGUCGACAACGCCGCCGUCCCGGAGAAGGCGCUGGCCACGGGCCGCGUGGUGCUCUGCACCCGGACGCCAUACACUUUGCUCCGCCGCGACGUGUACCGCCCUUUCGCUGCCGCCUUCGAGGCCGCCCUGGCGAAGCAGAUUCCCCGGGCGAAGAAGACGAAGAAGCCGCCUGUGAAGCCGUUCACGCUCUGCUACGAGGCGGCCUCGCUGGCCAACACGCUGUCGGGGUACCUGGUGCCGACCGUGACGCUGGCCAUGGAAGGAGGGGGGAAGUGGGCGUUGGCCGGGUCCAACUCCAUGGUGGACGUGAAGCCCGGGACGGCGUGUCUCGCGUUCGUGGAGAUGCCGGGGGUGAAGGCUGGGGAUGGGAGCGCGCCGGCGGUGAUCGUCGGAGGUUUCCAGAUGGAGAACUUCGUGCUGCAGUUUGAUCUCGAGAAGAAGCGGCUCGGGUUCUUUAGGUUGCCGGUUUCCACGCAGUGCAGCCGCUUUAAUUUCACUCGGACCGGCUAGUAGACUACUGUACGUCUGCAGGAAAAUUGGGAAUUGAUGGUUGUGAUGAACUUUUACUCGAAGUAUCUUGUCGUACUGAACUUGUACUCGAAAACAAAAUUGGGAAAUUUGGGAGUAUCUUGUUUUGUUUUCGACCGAA